AUGCGCUCCCAAACCCUCCUCGCCUUCCUCUCGUCGACCGCCCUCGCGUCCGCCAACUCCCCCUACUACCCAGAGGAGCAGGUUCCCUUCGCCGCCGCCGCCGACGUCGGUGCCGACACCACAUCCGACUUCAAGUGUGACCUCCCGCCAGUCGUGAGCCCCUCCGACGGCCUCCCCUCCGCCAAGGACCUCUUCUCCUCCCCCGAGGCCAUCCGGAAACAGGUCGAGCGCCACGCCGCCAUCGUCCGCGUGCCGUCAAUCUGCUACGACGACCUCGGCGACUUCGACACCGACAAACGCUGGGACGUCUUUUACGACCUGCACCAUGUCCUGAAGAAGACGUACCCCGUCUUCCAUGACCGCGCCGAGCUCGUCAAGGUAAACACCUUCGGCCUCGUCUACACCCUGCGCGGCUCCGACCCCUCCCUGAAGCCCCUCCUCCUCGCCGCCCACCAGGACGUCGUCCCCGUCGCCGACGCCGCCACCUGGACCUACCCGCCCUUCUCCGCCCACUUCGACGGCGAGUGGAUGUGGGGCCGCGGCGUCUCGGACGACAAGAACUCCUUCACCGCCCUCCUCUCCGCCCUCGAGACCCUGCUCUCCGGCGGCUGGUCCCCCACCCGCACCGUCAUCCUCGCCUCCGGCUUCGACGAGGAGUGCUCCGGCAGACGCGGCGCCGGCCACAUCGCCACCCACCUCGAGCAGACCUGGGGCAACGACAGCAUGGUCCUCGUCCUCGACGAGGGCGGCAUGGGCCUGCAGCAGCUCGACGACGGCACCCUCUACGCCCUCCCCGCCGUCAUGGAGAAGGGCCACGUCGACGUCUGGCUCGACCUGCACGUCAUUGGCGGCCACUCCUCCGUCCCCUUCCCCAACACCGGCAUCGGUAUCGCCUCCGAGAUGGUCGUCGCCCUCGAGGCCCACCCCUACUCCCCCAAGCUCACCACCGGCUCGCCGCUGUACGAGCACAUGGUCUGCCAGGCUCGCUACUCGCCCGACGCCCAGCCGCGCAUCACCGAGCUGCUCGAGGAGGGCGACCUCGACGCCCUGGCCGCCGAGCUCGUGGCCAUCGACCGCCCGACGCACUACCGCCUGCAGACCUCGCAGAGCGUCGACUAUUUCCAGGCCGGCCAAAAGAUCAACGCCAUGCCCGAGAAGAUCCGCGUCGGCGUAAACUACCGCGUCGCGCCUCAGAACAGCAUCCUCGAGAUCCAGCACAAUGUCGUCGGCUACGUCAGCGCCAUCGCCAAGAAGUACGGCAUCGCCGUCAAGGCCUUCGAGGGAGACGAGGACUACCAAGAGUACGCGAAGCGGCACGCCACGAAACUCGGGUCCGUCAAGGAGCUGGACGACGCGGUGAAGCCCCUGUACGACGUCGACUACAACGGCACGCUGUAUCUGAGCCGCACCCAGGCGACGCAGCCCGCCCCCAUAUCUCCGACCAAGGGUCCCGUCUGGGACCUCUUCUCCGGGACGCUGCAGUCCACCUUCGCGUUCGACGGCGGCAGGGUCGUGCCUGUCGGCGAGCUUAUGACCGGAAACACCGACACGAGACACUACCUGAGCCUUACGCGCAACGUCUACCGCUUCGUGCCCAUCCGAAACGGCGCGACCCUCAACGCCCACACCAUCGACGAGAGGAUCAAGAUCAGCGCACACAUGGAGAUCUUGAGCUUCUACUACGAUCUGAUCCGCAACUUCGACUCUGCAGACAUUUAG